UGAUGUCACUGAGGAGAAACGAAAGUAAAACUUCAUCUCCAGAAUCCGGUUCUCUUCAGCUGAACUUGGUCUCCGGUGUUUUUUGGAGGAUCUGUAUCUCCUGCAGUCAUGGCUUCCUCCAGCAGUCUCCUGUCUGAAGAUGAGUUUCAGUGCUCUAUCUGUCUGGAUGUGUUCACUGAUCCGGUCACUACUCCAUGUGGACACAACUUCUGCAUGGUCUGUCUCAGAGAGUACUGGAACAGCAGCUCACACUGCCAGUGUCCCCUCUGUAAGGAGGAGUUCUCCAGAAGACCUGAGCUCCGUGUGAACACCUUCAUCUCUGGACUGACUGCUCAGUUCAAGAAGUCGCUUCAGGUGAAAUCCAGCAGAUCUUCAGAGAAACCUCCCUCCAAGCCUAAGAAGAUUCUGUGUGAUUCCUGCACUGAGACAAAGAUGGAGGCUCUGAAGUCCUGUCUGGACUGUGGAGUAUCUUACUGCAGCGAUCAUCUGACCCUCCAUAAAACUACACCUAAACUCAAGAAGCACAAGCUGAUGGACCCUGUGGAGAACCUGCAGGACUACAUCUGCCAGAAUCAUGAGAGACCCCUGGAGCUGUUCUGUAGAGACGACCAGACCUGUGUGUGUCGGUUCUGCACUGAGACAGACCACAAGACUCACAGCACUGUUCCUGUAGAGCAGGAGAGUGGAGAGAAGAAGACUCAGCUGGGGAAGACACAGGCAGAUGUUCAGCAGAUGAUCCAGGACCGAAUGAAGAAGAUUGAGGAGAUCAAUCACUCUGUAGAUCUCAAUAAGAAAAACACAGAGAAGGAGAAAGCAGACAGUGUGGAGGUCUUCAGGGCUCUGGUGCGCUGCAUUGAGAGGAGCCAGGCGGAGCUGCUGGAGGUGAUGGAGGAGAAGCAGAAAGCAGCAGAGAGGCAGGCUGAAGAGCUGAUUAAAGAGCUGGAGCAGGAAAUCACUGAGCUAAAGAGGAGAGACACUGAGCUGGAGCAGAUCUCCCACACUGAGGACCACCUCCACCUCCUACAGGUUUACCCCUCCCUCUGCAGACCCCCACCCACCAAGACCUGGACUGACGUCAGGAUUAACACUCAUCUGAGGGUGGAGACUCUGAGAGUUCUGUCUCAGCUUCAGGAAGCCCUCAGUGAGGAGAUGGAGAAGCUUCCUGAGAUCAAACUGAAGAGAAUUCAACAAUAUGCAGUGGAUGUGACUCUGGAUCCUGAUACAGCUCAUCCUGAUCUCAUGCUGUCUGAUGAUGGGAAACAGGUGAAACACGGAAACAUCCGACAGAAAAUUCCUGAUUCUCCACAGAGGUUUAAUCAGUGUUCCUGUGUUCUGGGAAAGGAGGGAUUCUCCUCAGGGAGGUUUUACUAUGAGGUUCAGGUCAGAGGGAAGAGUAACUGGGAUUUAGGAGUGAUCAGUGAGUCCAGUAACAGGAAGGGGAAGAUUAAAGCCAGUCCUGAGAAUGGACUCUGGUCUAUAUGGCUGAGGAAUGAAACUGAAUAUAAAGCUCGUGAUUCUCCCCCUGUCCUCCUCUCCUUAAAUCAGGUUCUCCAGAAGGUGGGGGUGUUUGUGGAUUAUGAGGAGGGUCUGGUCUCCUUCUAUGACGUUGAUACCAGCUCUCAUAUCUACUCUUUCACUGGUCAGUCUUUCACUGAAAAAAUCUAUCCAUACUUCAGUCCCUGUCUCAAUGAUGGAGGUAAAAACUCAGCUCCACUGAUCAUCACUCCUGUUCAUCAUCAUAAAUGAGCUUCUUUUACCCCAAAAUAAUAUUUUCUCUGAUUUUUUACACAAAAAAAGUUAAUCUUUCUAUUUAUAUAUAAAAUAUAAACGGGUGGGUUAAACGAUGCAUGAUUUUACAGUAAUCAAGUAAAAAUAUUAAUUAGGUGUUUUUUUCCUCCAUAAAGUUUCUGUUAGUGAUGUAAAAUAGACUUAUGUUUUACGUAAGAACUUUAUUUAGAUUUUUAUUGUGAGGUAAACAGAAUGCAGAAUGUCCUGUGGUGUGACGUAAUAUGAAUGAAUUAUGAAAUAUAAACCCUUAUAUAGAAUAAAUCAGUAAUAUCUGAAUUGUUUAUAAUGGCUUUAAUCAUGUUUACUUUACCAGUAUAAGGUUGUAAAAUGGAUCAGACUCCUACAAUAAUUAUCACAGGACAUUUUUAAGGCUUUGUAAUGGAAAUGAUCAGGUUUGCCAAGACUGGGAUUACUUUCUGAAUUGAUAUCCUGUCACAGUUUGUUGAGAUUUCCAGUUACCUGUCACUCUUACUUUUUCUGAGUCAGUUUACAUCCCCUCUAUGGGAAUCACUUUCCCAAGUGACAAACUUUGGACUAAAAAAUUGCUGAAAUUUCAGCAAACUUGUUGCUGCUGAAUACUAACUCCAGCUCCCUCAUAAUAUUCAAAAGAUGAAAAAAUAAACAGUUUAUCAUCCAAAUACAGCAGUAAGGACUGAAAACAUUAAUCCCCAAAAAUACUCUUUAUAAAGCAUUGAAUGUGCUUGUGGCAUUGCAGUAGCUGAAAGGCAUGCAAUUAAAUUCAAACAGCCCAAAAUCCUUGGGCUUCUAUUCUCAGCCAAAAUCUAUGCUAGAUAAUAUGUUUGGGACUGAAAGAAAUGACAUUUAGUGAACUUCCACUUGAGCUGAUGUUGUUGUAACCUCCAGCUGCUUCACAUGAUCUUCAAAAGAUGAAGAUGAGAACACUUAUCUUUGAAAUAUAACAGUAAGGACUGAAAACGUCCUCUCCAAAAAUACCCUUCAUAAGGUAUUAAAAUUUGCAUGUAGCAUUGCAGUAGGUGAAAGGCAUGCACUUAAGUUCAAACAGCCCAAAAUCAUUGGGCUUCUAUUUCUCAGCAAACUCUAAGCUAGAAAACAAUCUUGGGACAAAAAGAAAAAUACCUUUAGCAAACUUCAACUUCAGCUGAUAUUUCAACCUGCAAAACAUUAUCUCCAGCUGCCUCACAUGAGCUUUAAAAGAUGAAGAAAAAAACACGUUAUCAUCCAAAUAUAGCAAUAAGGACUAAAAACAUUCCUCUCCAGAAACACUCUUCAAAAGGUGUUUGAAUGUACUUGUAGCAUUGCAGUAGCUGAAAGGCAUGCCAUUAAAUUCAAACAGCCCAAAAUUAUUGGGCUUCUCUUUCUCAGCCAAACUCUAAGUUAGAUAACUUUUGGGACUAAAACAAAUCACAUCUGGCAAACCUCAACUGGAGCUGAUGUUGUAACCUGCUGAACUCCAGCUGCCUUAGAUGAUCUUCAAAAGAUGAAAAAAAUCACUUCAUAAGGCAUUAAAAUGUGCCUGUAGCAUUGCAGUAGCUGAAAGGCAUGCAAUGAAAUUCAAACAGCCCAAAGUCUUAGGCUUCUAAGUUAGAUAACCAUCUUGGGACUAAAAGAAAUACAUAUUAGAUUCAUUCAUUUUAGAUGAUGUUCUAAGUUGCUAAACAAUAACUCCAGCUAACUCAGAGGAUCUUCAAAACAUAAAGAAAAAUACUUAUUGUCCAAAAUGUUCCUCUCCAAAAAUACACUUCAAAUGGCAUUUGAAUGUGCUGGUAGCAUUGCAGUAACCAAAAGGCAUGCAAUUAAAUUCGAACAGCCCAAAAUUCAAGUAGAAUAUACUUUUAAACAGCAUAUUAAUAAGCUUACAGGUAAGCUGAGGCUACAUAUUGUAUGUAUUGUGUAGGCUACAUUGUUUGAUUGAUUGAUUGAUUGAUUGAUUGAUUAAUUGAUUGAUUUAUUGAACCUGCUGCCCCUCUUGAAUUAAACAGUCCAAACAUUGCUUCUGUCAGAUUUAUUUGAAGUAAUCAGACAAAAACAGUUUUUCAGUGCCAAAAGAAGAAGAAAAAUCAUGCAAUAGCAUUAGUUUAAAACAUUAAUGAUUAGUGUCAUAAUAACAAAAUAAUAUCAGAAAAUAAGUUACAAAUAAGAAAUGUUAAAUUGUUUUAGCAUUCAUUACCUGGAUACAACAAAGCAUUGACUGUCGGUACACAAACUCAAACUUCAAGACUUUAGAUCGCCUGUCAAGUUCCCUCAAAGAGUAAGAAUUGACUAACUAUCCCAAAAUACACACAUUUUAAUUCUGAAGUGCUUUGUACUAUGAUUCUAUGUAAAACAACUCAUUCAAACCGUGCAGAUGCUAUGGUUUUGAAUGUCAGCUGUGCAGACCAGACUAAACAAAGAUAAUCUAACAUGAGAUAUAUGACCAGGACCACCCAUAACCCAAAAUAUAAUCAUGUUUCACUAAAAUAAAUAUAAUAUACUUUAAUAUGUGAGGAAAGUAACUAUAAAUAUAUGUGAUUUAAAAUUUUGUUUGAUUACAUAAUAAAUAAUUGAUAUAUGACUAAUCACAGCAAAUCACAUUAAAUUCUUAGGUGAUUAAGUACUAGACUAAUUGGUGGACAGGAAAAAUGGAAAAUGGAAUGGAAAUGGAUAAUACAGACAUAAUAGUGGUUACUUUUGCACAAGUAUUUGUGAAAAAGUAGGAGAGCAGUUUCGGCUGUGGCAUAGAAUGUUUUGAUAUUUAGUGUAGAAAUGUAAAUAUACUCAACAAUUAAAACAGCAAAAUGUAUUCACAGCAUGUGGCAUUU